AUGAGUGAUAUAUUAAACGCUGCUGAAGCGGCUUCUCUCGCUGUCCAAUUUGAUCACAGGAAGGAUAUCGAUAAGGCGGUGGAGUGUUACAGAACAGCGGCUCGUUUGCUUGAUAGAGCUCGCGAUACUGUACCACCGGAGCGAAGGCCAGAAAUUCGCGCUAAAGUUCAAGAAUAUCUUGCGAGAGCUACUGCUCUUCAAGACCAACAAGAUGAGGUAAAACAAGCUGAAAGUGAGCGUUGUAUGCAACAAUGUUACUUCUUGAUGCAACAGGCGUUGGAUGCCGAUGAGGCUGAUCUAAAAGAUUUAGCAUUACAAUUGUACACACAAGCUGUGGAAUUGGCAGUUAGUGCGAAAACAAAUGAUCCUGAUAUAAAAGCAAAAAUUAAAGGACUGGCUGCUCAAGCAUUGGAUAGAGCUGAAGAAAUAAAAGGCAUUGACAAAGUUGCUUCAUUAACUAUCAAUGAACCUGCUAGGCCAACUGUCUCACCAAACAGAGCUCAAUUGCAGAGAGAACAAAGUGUACAUUUGAAAGUCAGUGGGGGGAAACACACAUAUACUGAUGAAGAAAAAGAAGUCUUAAGGAGAACAUCUAAUAUAAACAAUAACUGUUUCUUACCAUUCAUGGACGUAGAUCUAUCAGAGAAGUUUCAGUACGCUUUACCAUUUGAAGACAGAGCUAGUGAGUUGAAGCUUUCAUCUAAGCAGGAACAGGAGUUUGAAUGUUGGAUUCGACCUCAUGAGAUAUGUAGUGAUCCCAAAUUAAUUGUAAAUGAGCAUGUAGACUGUUUCAGUAUAAAGCAAACCAUAGUGUCAGACUGCUCGUUCGUCGCCUCACUAGCAGUUAGUGCUUUAUAUGAAAGAAGGUUUAAUAAAAAGAUAAUCACUUCUAUAAUUUAUCCUAAGAAUAAAAACAAACAGCCUGUGUAUAACCCAUUUGGCAAGUACAUGGUGAAGCUUCAUUUAAAUGGUGUAAGAAGAAAGGUGAUCAUAGAUGAUCGGUUGCCAUACAGUAAACAUGGCCGACUGCUGUGUUCAUACUCGAGUAACAAAAAUGAAUUUUGGGUAUCCAUGCUCGAGAAGGCAUACAUGAAAGUGAUGGGAGGCUAUGAUUUUCCUGGAUCUAAUAGUAAUAUAGAUCUGCACGCGUUGACCGGGUGGAUACCGGAGCGUUGCGCGAUCAGGUCCGGCGAGGCGGACUUCAACGGCGACGCGCUGUACGACACGAUCCGGGCGCGGCUGUCGCGCGGCCACGUGCUGGUGACGGCGGCCACGGGCCAGCUGUCGGACGCGGCCGCCGACCGCACCGGCCUCGUGGCCACGCACGCGUACGCCGUGCUCGACGUCAGGCUCGCCAACGGAGUUAAACUAUUAAAGCUAAAGAAUCCGUGGUCGCAUCUACGUUGGCGCGGCAACUAUUCUGAAUUGGACACUGUACAUUGGACGCCUGAAUUGCGCGACGAGUUGAAGUACGACCCGGACAGCGCGGCUCAGUACGACAACGGGGUGUUUUGGAUCGACUACGCGAGCAUAUUGAACUUUUUCGAUGUGUUCUACUUGAAUUGGAACCCUGAGCUGUUCACAUUCACGUAUUGUAUACAUCAGAAAUGGGACGCAGGUAACGGUCCGGCGAAGGACGCGUAUAACAUCGGCGAGAACCCGCAGUUCUCCCUCCACGUGCAAGGGGAGGGCGCGGUCUGGUUACUGCUAACUAGACACAUCACACAAAUAGAUGACUUCAGGGACAACAAGGAGUAUAUCACGUUACUGGUCUACAAGAACAAUGGCAAGAGGGUAUACUAUCCAUAUGAUCCAGCUCCAUAUAUAGACGGUGUGCGUAUAAACAGUCCUCAUUACCUGUGCAAGGUGAUAGUAGGAGAGGGCAGCGCAGACAGAUAUACUUUAGUUGUGUCGCAAUACGAGAAGAGCAAGACUAUAUACUAUACGCUCAGAGCUUACGCUACCUGCCCGUUCUCGUUAAGCAAAUUGGAGCCUUACCACCAUGUGAAGAACUUGAAAGGUGAAUGGUCUGGUCGUACUGCUGGCGGUUGCGAGAAUCACAGACAGACAUAUCCGAAUAAUCCUAAGUUUAUAUUUACUGUGCCUUAUACGAGGGUGCCAUGUAACGUGGUGAUAGAGUUGAAGGGCCCGAAGCAAUAUCAGAUCGGUGUGGAUGUGAGAGUCGACUCGUUAGACGAUCCGUCUGUAACUGCACCGUUUUAUAAAGAAUCCUCUGGACCUUAUCGGUCCGGUUUCGUGGUCCUCCAGCUGAGUAAUCUGCCGGCCGGUAAGUAUAUAGUGACGCCGUCCACGUUCUACCCGGGCCAGGAGGGGCCGUUCAUAUUACAGAUGAGAUCCACGUGCGAGCUCACAUGCGAGACAAGUAGCUAG